AUCUAUUUAAAUCUCCCCUUAGCCGGACAUCUCCUAUCGCAUCGAGUGAAAGACCACCGCGGUUAGCGAGAUCCCAAUAUGCCCAAGAACAAGGGAAAGGGCGGUAAGAACCGUCGUCGUGGAAAGAACGAGAACGACAACGAGAAGCGUGAGCUCGUCUUCAAGGAAGAAGGUCAGGAGUAUGCGCAGGUCGUGAAGAUGCUUGGUAACGGCCGUCUCGAGGCACUUUGCUUCGAUGGCGAGAAGCGUCUCGCUCACAUCCGUGGCAAGCUCCGCAAGAAGGUCUGGAUCAACCAGGGUGACAUUAUCCUUCUCUCGCUGCGUGACUACCAAGACGAAAAGGGCGACGUCAUCAUGAAGUACACCGCCGAUGAGGCCAGAAGUCUCAAGGCCUACGGCGAGUUGCCCGAACACGCCAAGAUCAACGAGACCGACACCUACGGCCACGAGGGCUUCGAGGACAACGUCGAGUUCGACGAGGACCGCGAGAGCGAAGACGAGAAGGAGAUCGAUGUCGACGAGCUCUAA